AUGAAUAUUAUAAAAAUAUUUUAUAUUUUUAAUUAUUUGUUGGUUGUCAAUUUCUUAACGCCACAUUUGUGUAAUAAUAAUUUUAAUUUUUUGAAAAACUUAAAUUCAAAUGUAGAAGUUCAUUCAAAGUCUAAGGAAAAAAAAAGAAAAAAAUUAAUUUUGUUUUCAUUUAUAGCUACAGCAUUAGCAGUAUCUAUUGCAUCUUCAUUGGGAAUACACUUUUAUUUAUGGAAAAAAAGAAAAGGUAAACCUUUAUCUGAUUUGCAAUAUGACAUCUCAGAAAGUAAGAGGGAAAUUCCUCCAUCUGUUUGGGAUAACAAACAUUUGGGAAAAGUAGCAGUUGAUGUUUUAGAUGAAGCAAUAGAAAGAGGAGAGCUUGAUGUGAAAAAAGCUCUUCAGGAAGGAAUAUUAGAUGAAAAUUUGGCAUGUCCGUCUCUUGAAUCCAUAAAAAAGUAUAUAAGAGAAGGUGCAGAAGAUAGAUUCUUGAAACUUACUAAAUCACAAAUGGAGGAAAUAGAAAAUAUGGCACAUUAUUGCUUAUAUAAUAUCAAAUUUAUAUCGCUUCCUAAACAAAUUAGAGAACUAAGUAUGGUUCCUGAACCUGAAUAA